GAGCGAAUCAGUCAGAUGCGUGGCGAACGUUGAAUUUAACGGUCGGUUUGGCAGUGAAAGUGGAAAGUGGAUGCCAUCGCCGUGCUCCACGAGCCUGGCCAGCGAGUUGUUUGGUGCGAAAAAUACAAACAAAAAUCAUUAAAAAUAGCGAAAAAGUAUGUACAAACCCCAAACGAAAUAUGAAAGUGAAUGUUAGCCCAAAAGCGGAAAUACAUUAAAGUGCAUAGCUUGCUUGUAGCUAAUACAAUUCGGUUCGAACAAUCCGAGAGUAAAGUGUCGAAUAGAAAAGUGUUCAAACAUUGCGUCAGUUAAACUUGAAAAAUAAAAUCAAGUGAUACCACCACGCUUGGAGUUGGAGUCUUCGAAAUUUGCUGAGCACUUCCGGGGAGCAAAACAGCUGGACACAAGGGACAAGGCUUAUGAGUGCGUGAAGUGAAGUACUUGGCAGAUACCAAAUGGUUGCUGUCUGAAAUCAAAGAAAAAAUAAAUCAAGACCAAAAGGAAACCAACCCAUCGAAAGUUGGGGGCGUGCAACAAUUAACGGGCGGAAAUGGAAAUGUAUAAACAAUCAGCAAAAUGUGCAAAUUCGUGGAGAGCCAAUCGAAAGUCAGCUUGAGUGAAAGUGAAAAACUGCGGCGCGGGCAAAUUAUUAAUUAUCCGGCUGCUCUUUAGCGCGAUUUUCCCAGGGCGCAGUGCAGACAUUUUGUUUAUGAGCCAAUUUGCCGAGCGCAAAUAAAACCGAACCGCUGCCAGUCGAGCAUUAAUAAUUUGCAUAUUCCGUCCCAUCCCCACAUUUAACCCCCCAAAAGUCCCAAGAAACAGACAGUGCGGCGUGCGGAGUUGAAGUGUUUAUUAAAUUGUCUUUGCCACAAAUGCAAGAGAUUUUCCCGACACGCGUCGCAAUACCAUUUUCCCCCUCGUAAUGCUGGAGUUGCAACUUUGCGGAGAUUUGUCAGCCGGCGACAUGAGCGAAAUUCCCAAAAUGGGACACCAAAGGGCCACGGAUACGGGACAUCGCCAGAUCCGGAGCCACAGAAAAUCCGACUGCCGGACUCUUCCAACCAGAUGCCUCCUGCUGCUCCUCGGCGCUUUACUUUUGAGCAUGGAGCUCGUCGAAUGCGCGCUGCGCAAUGUCAAUUUAAUAAUCGAACCACCGGCGGUGCGACGGGGCCAGCAUGUGGUGCUGCGUUGCAUGUACGACCUCGAGGGGGCUCCACUGUACUCGGCCAAGUUCUACCGUGGCCAGCUGGAGUUCUACCGCUACACGCCCGGCGAGUUUCCCAACACGAAAGUGUUUCCGUUUCCCGGCAUUCACGUGGAUGUAAGCAGCUCCAAUGCCACACAGGUGCUGUUGCGCAACGUGGGAUUCGGUCUCUCUGGCAACUUUUCAUGCGAAGUGACCGCCGACGCACCGCUCUUCUCGACGGCCACCGCAGUGGACACCAUGCAAGUUGUUGAGCUGCCCGAGAAGCGUCCGCAGGUUUUCACGGAACACACACGCUACGAGCCCGGCGAUGUCCUGCGGGCCAAUUGCAGCACUCCGCCGUCGCGUCCGCGGGCAGAACUCACAUUCACCAUCAACAACUUGGUGAUGAGCAAUGUGGACAUCGAGUACAUUCGCACCAUCGAUAAUCUGAUUGCCACGCGGAUCUCGCUGAAGAUGCAACUGCAGGGCAUUCACUUCUCCAGCGUGAAUCCGGUUUACAAUAACGGUUACGGGCCGAACUCGGUUUACGGACAUGGCGGACCGGCUUAUGCACCGAAUGCGAAUCCCGGCGGAUUACUUUUGCGCUGUUCGGCGCAAAUCGGAGAACUAUACCAGGAGUUUAAGGAAAUCGAGCUGGGCACUCCGCAAAAGGAUCCGGUACCGGCACGUGUCACGCUCUCAUCCGACACGAGCUUCAAGUCUUUGUUGAGCUCGUAUUUCUCGACCUCGGCAGCGGCGGCAUCGCGACUCCUGCCCGGCGUCUACAUGGCGCCGCUUAUAAUGGCCAUGCUGGCUAGUUUAUUCCGGCUAAUUGAGGCUGCAUUCGAGCCCUGCGAUGCCAGCAGCCAGGAUCCGCAGCCGGCGACCGGACAUUCGAUGGAACAUUCCAAGGAGCGAGGGGAGUCCAAGGAGCAGCGUUCUGCUCCUGUGUCCAGCUGCAGCGCCUUCAAGGCGUCCCGACAGCAACUGGCCUGGCCAGGAUCACGGACAGAGAGUCUGGAUCUGGGUCUGGGCUAGGCGUGUGUUACGAGUUAGUUAAAUUCGAAAUAUAUUGGGGGAGUUCGCUAGACCUGGGCAAUUAAUAAGUAUUUCAGUGAUCAAACUUUCGAUUUUUUGGCUUAAACGUACUUGAAGUUAUUUUCACUGAGUCAGAUACAAAUUAUACAUUUAUUAUUUAAACAGGUCUAGGGAACAUCCGCACUUCGUUGAUUUCAAGUAUCUUCUUUUGAUGACUGCUUUUCAUGUUAACUCUUAUUUUACACCAAAAACCACACUUUGAGAUGUGGCGUCUACUAGCGAGCUAAAGAGAAAAAAACAAAUUAAGUUUAAGCAAACAUUUAUAAACUAGCCUAGUCAUAAAGAAGAAAACCGGAGGUUGGACAGCAGAACAGAAGAGUUUAAAACCUAUAAAGCAGGACACAUACACAAUUCAAAUAUAAAUGUUUACACGAACGAGAUAAACGAGUAAAAGGAGGAGAAUAUGCUAAGUACAUGAAAUUACUGAUUCUACUUUUAAUGUGCAAAAUAACACAGAAAUAAACAGAGCAGCAUAACAAACCAAAGCCAGAAAUCAAAGGUGUGUAUCCGUGGGAAGGGGAAAUGUGUGUAAAAUAUAUUUAAUGAAACAUAUUAAACUAAUUUAAUUUAAAGUAAAUAAAUCAAAGCCUUGUAUGGGCAUAUUGUAAAUGGUGGUGAAAUUAAAUAAAAUGUGUGUUAAUUUUAAA